AUGGCAUCGGCUGCACAAGCUCAUUACGCCAAUCGGACAUCCGAUGGUGUUUACGACUCUCUCUCUGAUUUGAUUGCAUCCUCUGGCUCCGGCUUCUUAGCCAAUUGCGAAUACGACAAAGAUUUCUUUCGCAAGACUAGCUGGCGUGGGCUUGACUUUCAGAACAAGGACGGGUCCGAAUUCUGUGUCAACCUAUUCGGUGAGAUCCAGCCUGCAUCCCUCGGUACAAAGCAUAGCGCCCUCGGAGAUUUCUAUAUUGGGACCAAGGAUAAGCCCACUUACGUCACACCAGAGUCGAAGGUCAAAAACAGAUUCGCGUUGGGUGUGCCGUCUUUGUGCCCCGAGAACCUUGCGAUGAUGUUUCAAGACCAACUUGUCGCGCUGAAUGAAAUCGUCAAAUCCGAACAGGAUCAAGAAGACAGGGAGUACCUUACCAAGGAAUGGCUUAGCCCGAGUGCUCCUGGCAAAGCUGGGGAUAUUAUUACCAUCACGUCGCCCACAAUAUAUAAAGCUCCCCAAACGUCCCCGUCCGAGAGCCGAGUGCCUACCAUCAAGCGUAUUCUUAAGCGCUCACGAGGUUCCUCGUCGAAAAAGGACGAGCCUGUCGAAGUUUCACAAGCCGCCAACGUCUCCAGCUCCUCGGAUGGCCAAGAAACCGAUGGCGUCGUCGAGUAUAAGAUUGGGCAACUGUAUGAACCCAAUCGCUUAUAUGAUUAUGGGGGCAACCUAUUCCGCAACUCAGGAUGCAAGCUUAUCCAACACGAAAUUAUUGAUGUGAAUCACAAUAUAAUUCCUCCAUGGGACCAAUACGCCGCCCUUCGGACCGGAACUCUUGUGAUGGCGACCGUCACCCUCCAUUGCUUCACCAUGAAUGUCAAAGACUUUAACGGCGUGGAGACGGGCAAACGGCGCAAAAUCUACCAGAUCAACUUUCAUCGGCUCCUGGUCAUUGGCGACAGCAUCGCCGAAGUCCUGACGAGGACUGUGCACCCAGGUUAUGGGGCGGAUGAUGACACAGACGCCCCUCACGAACCUCGUGAUUCCUCCGCCGAUCGUGCGAUGGCAUCCUUCAAAGUCAAAAAGAUCAAACUGACCAAGGACGACGCGUCCAGCUCGUCAGUCAAGAAGGUUUCUGAGCGUGCCGAAUCUUCGACGACUCCCUCCAACCAUAGUGCAUCGCGCGGGGUCGCUGCUUCCACCGCAAGUACCUCGAAAGGUAAACAGCCUGUUCGAAAUAUGGGCAAGGCAAAAGCCUCAAGCUCUGCCAAGAUUACGCCCUCUUCGUCAACCACUAUUUUCGAUGACGACGUCUCAAUGGAGGAGGGCUCUUGA